CCCCUUACUUGUGAAGAAUCCGAGGGCGAUUUAAUCAGUGCCAAACCAUCAUAAAAGGGCAUGGUAUUUUAUAUACGUACAUAUCGACUAUAAAACAUGCACAGACAUGCCCAUUUCUCUUGGUCCAUUCUCUCUCUUCCUCUAAUGGGUUCCACUCUUGUUUCCAAUCUCCCCCUUAGAAUUGCCCUUCUCUCAACAAUUUUCUCUCUCCUAAUUUACCAAGUUCAAGCAGCUUCUCUCUCUAAUCUCUCUCAUCCCCAAUUCGAAUCCCUAUGCAAAUCCACUCCUUUCCCUUCUCGUUGCUUUGACACACUAAAACUCUCCAUCUCCAUCAUUCUACCCAACAUCUUAGACUUAGCAAAACAAACACUUGAAAAUGCCUUAUCAGAAGCUACAAAAACCACAAAUCUCUUGUUGGGUAUGCGCCAAUAUGGCCUUGCAGAGAGACAAAAAGGAACCAUCCAAGAUUGCCAAGAAUUGCACCAGAAAACCCUAGAAUUCCUCCAAAAAUCUCUACAAACUUCAAACCCAAAGCCCCAAAAUCUCCACAAAAUAAGAACCCUUUUAAGUGCAGCUCUUACCAACAAAAACACAUGCUUGGAAGGCCUAGAUUCAGCCUCUGGCUCUAUAAAACCCACCCUCUUGACCAAAAUAAACUCCAUGUAUGAGCUAGUUAGCAACUCUUUGUCCAUGUACUCUAAUUCUUCUAGAAACCGAGGCCUCCAAAAUCGCCGGCUCUUAGCCAUUUCGAGCGGCCAGAAAAGUGGCUUUCCGGCGAGAUCUUCCAAGAAACGAUGUUUUCCGGCGUGGUUUUCCAGCAAAGAUCGCCGGAUCCUGCAAAGUUCUCCAAGUGAUGGCUAUGAUAGUAGUGACAUAUUUACAGUGGCAAAAGAUGGGAGUGGGAAUUACAGUAGUAUAAUGGAGGCCGUGAAUGCAACGCCUAAUAAUGGUUUGGACAGGGUGGUAAUUUACGUGAAAGAGGGGGUCUACGAGGAAAAUGUGGUGAUAGGGAGCCACAAGCAAAACCUUGUUAUGAUUGGAGAUGGGAUUAAUUUAACGGUGAUAACGGGGAGUAGGAGUGUGGGAGACGGGUGGACUACUUAUCGCUCUGCAACUUUAGCUGUGGCAGGUGAUGGGUUCCUCGCACGUGACAUAACAUUUGAGAACACGGCCGGCCCAGAGAAGCAUCAAGCAGUAGCCCUCCGGGUUAAUGCCGACGUCUCUGCCUUCUACCGUUGUUCUUUCAGAGGCUACCAAGACACCCUUUAUGUGCACUCCCUCCGGCAGUUCUACCGAGAAUGUGAUAUAUACGGCACGGUGGACUUCAUCUUUGGUAAUGCUGCUACUGUCUUCCAAGCUUGUAACAUCUUCUUAAGGAAGCCCAUGAAAGGCCAGUUCAAUGUAAUCACAGCACAAUCUCGAGAUGACCCCAAUGAAAAUACAGGAAUCUCGAUUCAGAAUUGCACAAUUGAGGCCGACACCGACUAUGAAGGGAGCCAAGGUUCGACUAAGAAUUAUUUAGGUCGGCCUUGGCGCAUUUACUCACAAACAGUUUACAUGGAGUCGUACAUUGGUGGGCUCAUAGACCUGGCGGGCUGGACUAACUGGUCUGGCAACAGGGGGAUCGACACACUAUACUAUGGGGAGUACAACAAUGAUGGUCCGGGGUCGGCAACCGAUAAUCGGGUCUCAUGGCCUGGUUAUCAUGUAAUGGAUUACUCUGACGCGAAGGACUUCACGGUGUCGGAGUUUAUCGAUGGCAAUGAGUGGCUUGACUCGACAUCAUUUCCAUAUGAUGAUGGGGUUUAGUUGAAGUGCAUUCGCUACUAGUUUGGGAAAUGUGGCUUAUUCUCUCUUGUUGUUGUUCUUCUUUUUUUUUUUUUUGGGUAUAAUUAACCGUACAAGAGUUUUGUUUCGUCUUGGGUAGAUUAGUGUGGAUUUUACGAGAGAAAUCGAUGGGGUUCAAAGUCUUCAUUUAGGUUUUUGGUGGUUUGGGUGCAGUUUGUAUAAGGUUGAGGCUCUAAAUGAUUAGUAGGGCGCAUCUUC